AUGCCUGAUAAUAACGGUCCCGCGUCGCUAAAAAAACAGCGCACCAUUAUCAAGGCAUCUUGUACGCAAAUUAAAACUUAUAUAGACGCGGUACGCUCAGUUAACCCAUCAAUACUGGCUCAGCUCGAGGAGCGCAAAAUCAAGUUAGAUCAAUGCUGGGCGGAUUACGACAAUGUACAAACAAAAUUGGAAUUGUCGGACGACGCCGAGGCCCGCGAUCGAGCCACAUGCGAGGAACCAUAUUAUUCGUUGGCGGCAAGAAUGCGGGAAAUUAUAAGAUCGAUUACCCCCCUCGCGAGCAUUAUAAGCGUAGCGUCAAGUGCCAGCCCCUCGUCGUCGGUUAGUCGCGAGUCAUCGCAUUCUUUAACACACGUGCGUCUACCAAAGCUGAAUUUACCUGUGUUCUCGAGCAAGUACGAUGAGUGGUUCCCGUUUCACGACACGUUCAUCUCGGUUAUACAUUCCAACGCGACUUUGAGCAACAUACAUAAGCUUCAGUACUUACGUGCCUCGCCGGCGAUGCCAGCAAGCUACGGGAAAAGUAAGUCCGCGAAAACAGCUAGUACGCGUUUUCAGUCUAAUGUUAAAAAACAAUCUUGUGCCGUAACUGUCAAGUCGACAUGUCAUUAUUGUCAAGGCGAACAUUUCGUGUACUACUGUAAAAAUUUCCUCGCGCUCUCAACGGCCCAAAAGAUAUCGGAGGCACGAAAUAAAAAAUUAUGUGCGAACUGCCUGCGUUCGACUACGCACGUGGCGAGUAACUGCACUUCCGGAGGUUGCCGAGUCUGUGAAUUGAAGCAUAACACGUUGCUGCACUCAAGCAGCGAUUCGUCGAGUUCAUCAAACCGCAGCGCGGGUAACGACAAAGCAUCAAAGUCAGUUAACCUUUUGGCCGCCCCGGUAACCGGUGUUUCAAGCGUGUUCGGCGACAGCCAAGUUUUAUUGUCUACAGCAGUAGUGUACGUCUAUAAUAGCCAAGGUUCUCUUACGCCGGGGCGGGCUUUACUAGAUUCCGGGUCACAGGUCAACUUAAUCUCUAAAAGAUUCUUGACAAGUCUUGAUUUAAAGUCGCAGCAAAUAAAUACUUCAAUAUCGGGAAUAAGCGGAACCGCGGUAACUUCGUCGCAGACAGCGCAAAUAAAAUUGCAAUCGAGGCUAACAUCGUACAACGCCACUAUAGAUUGUAUACUUCACGAUCAAUUGGGACGCCUCUGGCAAAUUGAUAAUAAAUUCAACGCCCCCGAGGGUUACACAAUAGAGGAGAGGCAAUGCGAACAACAUUUUUUAGACAACGUGAGGCAGAAUUCGCAGGGCCAAUACAUUGUCAAGCUUCCAGUUAAGGAGCAUGUUAUUUCUAGGCUCGGAUAUCCCCGCGACAUUGCACUCAAGCGAUUAAGGGGGAUUGAAAAACGUCUCAAACGCGAUCCGGAAUUAAAGAUGCAAUAUUCUCGUUUCAUGGUCGAAUAUAUCUCACUGGGCCACAUGCACCGCAUUGAUUGGCAAUCCGUUGAGUCACCCGUGUCGUUCUACUUGCCACAUCACUGCGUCCAUAAAAUCUCAGGUCAAUCUUCCAAGUUGCGUGUUGUUUUCGACGCGUCUUGUAAGACUAGCGCAAACGUAUUUUUAAACGAUGCGCUCAUGGUAGGGCCCAUAGUCCAGCAGAACUUAAUGUCAAUACUACUCAGAUUCCGAACGUUUCGUUACGCCAUUACUGCUGACAUUAUCAAAAUGUACAGACAGAUACUGAUGAACCCAUCUCAAACCUGCCUCCAACGCAUACUAUGGAGGGAGAACCCCGCCGACGAGGUCGAGACAUAUGAGUCAGCCACAGUAACAUACGGAACGGCUACCGCCUCUUACCUGGCCACCAGGUGCCUCACGCACUUAGCCGAUCAGUACUCCGAUCAAUACCCCAUAAGCUCCUUACAUCGAAAGAGUUUCGAGCUCAGCAAAUGGGCGUCGAAUUUUUCGAAGUUACUCGACGGCGUUGAUGAUGUCGAUGCCGAGGCAAUUACCAUCAAGAACGACAUAGAAUCGUCAAUUCUAGGCAUCCAUUGGAAUCAACUUCAGGACUUACUCUACUUUUCCUACAGGAUUGACCCUGCUUGCAACUCGGUGUCUAAGCGCACCAUCUUGUCGGAAGCCGUUAGGUUAUUUGACCCCUUGGGUCUUUUGGGCUCCGUCACUAUUGUAGCAAGGCUCAUUCUUCAGGAGCUCUGGCUAGCGGGCACACAUUGGGACGAAUCCGUUCCUCAAGAGAUUCAUACUCGAUGGGCGGACUUUAAGUCCCAUUUAAAAGGUCUAAAUGACCUGAGCGUUCCUCGCUGCAUUAAGUUCAGUUGCAAUCAUCGAUCGCUGCAAAUACACGGGUUCUGCGACGCCAGCCAACGAGCGUACGGAGCCUGUGUGUAUGUUCGGACGGAGGUCAGUGCAGGCGUCUACCGCACUGAGUUGUGGUGCUCCAAGUCUAGGGUAGCGCCCCUUAAAACCGUAUCUUUGCCACGACUCGAGAUAUCUGCUGCAUGUUUGUUAUCUCGGCUAGUUGCUAAAAUCGGCGAGGCUGUAGAUCUAUCAAAGGCGCCUAAAUUUCUCUGGAUCGACUCUACCAUCACUCUCAGUUGGGUAACAUCGACUUCUCGCAGGUGGUCAGUAUUCGUGGCCAAUCGAGUCGGCGAGAUCCAGAGAUCGACUGACAUCAAAAUGUGGCGACACGUCUCUUCUCAGAACAAUCCCGCCGACAUACUAUCGCGCGGGAUAAGUAUGCAGGAGCUGCCAUCAGCGGUCAUAUGGUGGCAUGGUCCUGCCUUUUUGCAGUUAAACGCGAAUCAGUGGCCGAGUGGUAGGUUUCAAGAGCUAGAUGAUGUUCCGGAACAAAGGGUGAUCGUCGCGACAGUAUCCAUUCAAACCGAUAACGUUGUCGACAAGUUGUUGGAAAGGCAUUCCAGUCUGCAUAGGAUAUGCCGCAUAUUGAUUUAUUGCUUAAGAUUCUCCAAGGUGCGACGCCACGAGGUGUCUCCUGGGCACCUAUCGCCCUCCGAGGCGGCAUUCGCGUUAAGUCUCAUGUGCAGGAUUGUGCAGGUGCAAGCAUUCCCAAAUGACUACAAGGUCCUAAGCCAAGGGAAUUCAGUCAACUCAAACAGUAGUUUGUUCUUGUUAUCUCCAUUCAUGGAUAAGGACGGUUUGAUGCGAGUAGGCGGUAGACUUAAGAAUUCUGAUUUGCAAUACGACGCGCGUCAUCAAAUACUACUGCCGCGGCAUCAUGAACUGACUCGUCGAAUAAUAAGGAAUGAGCACAUUCGAGGCAUGCACGCGGGUGCACAAACAACUGUGGCGUGUGUCCGCCAGCGAUUUUGGCCAUUAUCGUUGCGGUCGACAACCCGCAGCAUCAUACAAAAAUGCAUAACAUGCUUUAAGGCAAAACCCAGGUUUUCGGAAGCCAUAAUGGGCUCCUUACCGGCAGGCAGGGUCACCGUAUCUAAACCUUUCUCGCACUGCAACGUCGACUAUGCCGGCCCCGUGACCAUACGCCAAGGCAAGCGCCGAAAUUCAAGGAAUAGCAAGGCUUACAUCGCGAUUUUCGUAUGCUUUGCCACCAGGGGCGUCCACAUCGAAGUUGUAAGCGAUCUGACAUCGGAAGCUUUCAUCGCCGCCUUUAAAAGAUUUAUCUCGCGCCGAGGCAAGCUUUCGCAUAUGUACUCGGACAACGGAAUCACUUUUGUAUGUGCUCGAAAUCAGCUGAAGGAAUUCUAUAAUUACUAUCGUGAGCAACAGACUCAAUUGGACAUAACACGGUUCCUGAACCAUCAGGAAAUUGCGUGGAAUUUCAUUCCGACAAACGCUCCCCACUUCGGUGGAUUGUGGGAGGCGGCAGUGAAGUCCGCUAAGCUCUACAUGACUCGUAUCGUGGGUUGGGCUAACUUAACAUAUGAAGAGUUACAAACGUUGCUAUCAGAAAUAGAAGCAAUUCUGAACUCGCGUCCUAUUACACCCUUGAGCGCGGACCCAAAUGAUUUAUCUUACCUUAAUCCCGGUCAUUUUCUGGUUGGCUCGCCUCUGAAUAGCUUUUCUCCACUAGAUGAGCGCACCAAAUGGAAAUGUGAUAAAGGCGUCUACUUGCUUCCCAAUCAAGUGGUGCUUGUUAAACAGCCAAAUCUGCCCCCACUGCAGUGGACGAUGGGUCGAGUCCUGGAAGUCCACCCUGGCUCCGACGGGGUAACUCGAACGGUCACCAUCAAAACGGCUAAAGCCACGUUUGUAAGGCCGUUAUCAAGACUGGCGAUACUGCCAUUAGAUGACGACCAUCAUUGUAAGGCGUCGUUAAUUACAAGUUAA